GUGAACUACAAAAACGUAGAGAAGUGGUGCAUACAGUUUCUUUACAUGAAAUUGAUGUGAUCAAUAGUCGAACACAGGGAUUUUUGGCAUUGUUUUCGGGCGAUACUGGUGAAAUCAAGUCUGAAGUGCGAGAACAAAUAAACACAAAGGUUACUGAAUGGAGAGAAGAAGGAAAAGCAGAGAUCGUUCCUGGUGUUCUUUUUAUUGAUGAGGUCCAUAUGCUUGACAUUGAAUGCUUUUCUUUUCUAAAUCGCGCUCUUGAAGAUGAAAGAGCUCCCGUUGUCAUAAUGGCAUCAAACCGUGGUAUUACACGGAUUCGUGGUACGAAAUACAAAAGUCCUCAUGGCAUUCCGAUAGACUUGUUGGAUAGACUGUUGAUUAUCAGUACAUCACCGUAUGACGAAGACUCAAUAAAAAAAAUAAUAACCAUUAGGUGUGAGGAAGAAGAUGUAGCAAUGACCGAUGAAGCACGAGAUGUUUUGACAAAAAUUGGGGUAGAAACAUCGCUGAGAUAUGCUAUUCAUCUAAUUACUACAUCUCAUCUUGUCGCAAAAAAGCGCAAAUCAACGACAGUGGAUGCCAAUGAUAUCAAACGAGUAUACAAAUUAUUCUUAGAUGAAAAAAGGUCCGUGAAUUAUCUGAAAGAAUAUCAGGAGCAAUAUAUGUUCAACGAAAUUCCAGCGAAUGAAGAAAUGGAAGGUGUGGAAA